AUGUCAAAAGUAUCAAUUGCCAUAUUCGGACUUCAUGGAUUUUUAGGUGAACCAGUAUUAGAAGCAAUAAAUUCAGGAAAAUUUGAUUCAAAAAUUUCAUAUCCAAUAAAAGCAAUAACAAGAAAAUCAGAUUUAAAAAAUACUGAAAAAAUUGAAUAUAUUUCAAUUCCUGAAAUUAAAUCAACUGAAUCAAAAUUAAUCUCUGAACUUAAGGGAGUUGAUGUUUUAAUUGAAUUAACAGGUCCAAAUCCUCAAGUAUUUUCAGAAAUUGAAAAAAUUGUUGAAGCAGUUAAACCAAAAUUAGUUAUUCCUUCACAAUUUGGUACAGAUAUUGAUCAAGUUGAUACUUAUGCUCCUGGGUUUUUAGCUUUAAAAUCAGAACAUUCUGCAAAUUUAAGAAAAGUUAAAGGAGUUAAAGUUGUUGAUAUUAUAACUUCAUUAUUUAUUGUUCCUGGAAAAUUUUUAUAUGAUUGGGUUGGAGCAGUUGGUAUAACUGAUAAUGGAAUAAAUGUAAUUGGAGAUUUAAAUCAAAAAAUUAAUGUUUCAACAUUGGCCGAUAUUGGAAAUACUGUUUUAGCUGUAUCAACUUUUAAACCAGUUGAAGAUUUACCAGAUGUAUUAAGAAUUUCAUCAGAUACUAUUACAGUUCAAGAUGUAAUUAAUCAAUAUUCAAAAAGACAUAAUAAAGAUUUAAAAAUUUUAACUACUAUUAGUGCAGAAGAAGGUAAAAAACAAUUUCAAGAUAAAUUAAAAGCUGGUUUUAAUCCUGAUGAUUUUUUCUUUUAUUUACAAGUUAUUAUUGCUCAAGGUUUAGAUAAGGGGUUAUUAUUUAGUAAAUUAGAUAAUGAAUUAAUUAAUCCUGGUGAAAGUGUUUGGAAAUGGGGUAAAUAUGAAAAAUGA